AUGCAACUCGACUCCAUUAUCCAGGAUGGACACUUAAAAGGGAAUCAGGGAUUGAGGAAUGGAGAGCUGGUGGAUUGGCGCGCCCAAUUAAGGGAGAACGAAAUGGAGAGAAGGGAGGAAUUGCACAGACACGGCUGCAGCAUAGCGAAGCAGACGAUCCUGACGACGCAUCCGAGCGGUCUUCAAACGAGGGUGUCUGUGGAGCUGGCGAAUUUUGACGCCCUGUGUGUGCAUUCCAAGUGUAACAGCAGCCCACUGAAGAGACCAAUGUUCGAAGGAAGCCCUUUCACGUCCAGAAGGGGAUUCCUUGGCGGCGUGUCUGCUCAUGCUACUCCAGUCUUGGGUAGGCGAAGUGAUGCCGUCAACGAAGGCAGGUUGUCUCAACAAUGCACUCCUGUUAUGAGGAGACGGGAGUUGGUCGACAGUCCAGGAGGCUCUCCAUUGCUCACUAGAAGGGGGGAGAAUGAGGAUACGGAGGAGGGCAGCGAGAUGGACAACAGUGUCAUCAGCGGCUGGUUGAAGUUUCGAGACAACAAACGGGUCUACCCGCUGAGAGGUCUGCAAGGAGGUAUAAAAGUAUCAGACGAGGGCUCGAGAGCUCGUGCCGCAACUGGGCUAAGGGCUUUCCACCUUACAGUGGUGCCAAACGCGAGGGACAGGAAUCAUUUUGAAAUGAACGACCCUGAGCUCAAAGGAUCACCGGCAAAGAAGUUCUACGCUGCAACAACAAAACAAGCAAAUAUUUAG